UACGAGGGCGAGGGAUGGGGAUUCUACAUUUCUAUCUGUUCUGUCUUCCUCUCUCUUCUACUUGGCAUAGGCGAGACUCCUCCCAACACGCCCUUCAACCGACUCCUCCCAGUGUAAUCGCACACAGAUAGCAUCAUGGCUACCAACUGGACCGGCCGCAACUUCACCCUCAACACGGGCGCCAAGAUCCCCGCCGUGGGUCUUGGAACAUGGCAGUCUUCGCCCGAGGAGGUCUCCGGGGCCGUCGAGGCCGCCCUUCGCGCCGGAUACCCUCACAUCGAUACCGCCUUUGCCUACCAGAAUGAGAAGGACGUCGGCAAGGGUAUCAAGGCCUCCGGUGUCCCCCGCGAGAAGAUCUGGCUCACGACCAAGCUCGACAACCCCUGGCACAAGCGCGUGCCCGAGGCCAUUGACCUGAGUCUCAAGAACCUCGACACUGACUAUGUCGACCUGUACCUCAUGCACUGGCCCAGCUCGACCGACCCUGAUGACCUCACCAAGCACUAUGAGGAUUGGAACUACAUCAAGACCUGGCACGAGCUGCAGAAGCUGGUCGCUACCGGCAAGGUCAAGAACAUUGGUGUGUCAAACUUUGGCAUCACCCACCUCGAGGAGCUUCUCAACCACCCCGACACCACGAUCGUCCCUGCGGUCAACCAGAUCGAGCUGCACCCCUGCAGACCCUCUCCCAAGCUUGUCGCGUACAACACCUCCAAGGGUAUCCACAGCACCGGCUACUCAUGCCUCGGCUCGACCGACUCGCCCCUGUAUAAGAACGAGACUCUGCUCAAGAUUGCCGAGAGCAAGGGCAAGUCGCCUCAGCAGGUGCUGCUCAUGUGGGGUCUGCAGAAGGGCUGGAGUGUCAUCCCCAAGAGUGUCACUCCCUCCCGCAUUGAGGCCAACCGACAGCUUGAUGGCUGGGAGCUGACCGAGGAGGAGGUCGCUGGCCUGGACGGCAUCAAGGAUCGAUUCAAGGUGUGCGACGGCACAUUCUUGCCUACUGGUGUCGAGGUCUUUUUCGGAGACGAUGAGUAACUGAUUCCAUAGAAGGCAGGGAGUUGGGUGGAGGAUGAAGACUUACAGUAACGUGUUAGACGGCCACAUUGCACGUGUCUAAAUUAAAAAAUAAAUAUUACCAAAAGACCAAGCAUCCUCAAGGUGCACACAGAU